UUUUGGUCUGCUAAACUGUGACUUAAUAAAAAUAUACUUCAUUGGGCAGUAAAAUAAGCAGCAACAUGGCUCUGCAAACUUACGGUGACAAGCCGGUGGCAUUUCAACUAGAAGAGGGCGGAGAGUAUUAUUAUGUUGGCUCCGAGGUCGGAAAUUACAUGCGCCACUUUAGGGGUAUACUCUACAAAAAAUAUCCUGGGAUGACACGGAUUGUGUUGUCCAACGAGGAGCGAAAGAGGCUGGCUGAUUCUGGACUCAGUUCACACAUUUUGGCCAGCUCCGUGUCUUUGCUGCGUGCAGUCGAAGUGGAUGACAUUAUGGCAGGAAACGAUGAGAAAUAUCGCGCAGUUUCAGUGAAUACUUCCGAUACACCUGUACCCCGUGAGAGCAAGUCGAAAAAACAACCACAAUACGUACCAACGAUGCCGAAUUCGAGUCACCUGGAUGCAGUUCCCCAGGCCACACCCAUCAAUCGUAAUCGUGUGCACACGAAGAAGGUGCGCACAUUUCCGAUGUGCUUUGAUGACACCGAUCCCACGGCAAGUUUGGAAAAUGCGGCACAAAAAGAGUGCCUGGUACCCAUUCGGCUAGAUAUGGAACUGGAAGGGCAAAAGCUACGCGACACGUUCACAUGGAACAAAAACGAGAGUAUGAUCACGCCAGAACAAUUUGCCGAAGUGUUGUGCGAUGACUUGGACUUAAAUCCUAUUCCAUUUGUACCGGCCAUUGCACAAGCCAUACGCCAACAAAUCGAAGCCUUUCCAAACGAUCCGCCCAUAUUGGAGGAAAGCUGCGAUCAGCGUGUCAUAGUCAAACUUAAUAUACAUGUCGGCAAUACAUCACUCGUCGAUCAGGUCGAAUGGGACAUGUCGGAGAAGAAUAAUAAUCCCGAAGAGUUUGCCAUCAAGCUAUGCGCUGAGCUUGGUCUUGGUGGUGAGUUCGUCACAGCCAUUGCGUAUAGCAUACGGGGACAGCUGUCCUGGCAUUGUCGCACGUAUGCCUUCAGUGAAGCUCCAUUGUCCACCAUUGAUGUACCGUUCCGAAAUCCCAGCGAUGCGGACGCUUGGGCACCAUUCCUAGAAACACUAACUGAUGCCGAAAUGGAGAAGAAAAUACGCGAUCAGGACCGUAAUACGCGACGCAUGCGACGUUUGGCCAAUACCACAACGGGUUGGUAAUCUUAUUGAAUAGUACUCCUUUUCAUUAUCUUCGAUCUGUGUAGGUCUUUAUGUUCAUCCCAUCUAAAAGGCAAUAUAUAUAAAUACACGUGUCUAAUUUUAAAGCCAA